AUGGCUUCCAGCAACGCGCACCAAGUUAAUGGUCAUCAUGAACCACGGCAACAUCUGAAAGUUAUCAUUGUAGGAGCAGGUAUCGCAGGCCUAGCAUUGGCUGGACUCCUGGGACACUCGGGUCACCAUGUUGUGGUCGUAGAAGGAGCACCGAAGAUCGCAGAGGUGGGCGCAGGGAUAAACUGCUCUCCGAAUCAGACACGUCUACUCAGCAGAUGGGGACUUGAUGGCCGCAUACGAAAGCACACCGACGCGAUGACAAAUAUCAAUUUGAGGCGAUGGGAGGAUGGCCAGAUCCUUGGUGUAUCGCCUCUUAUGCCCCAGGUAGAGAAAAGACACGGUGCUCCGCAGUAUAUGAUCCAUCGAGCGGAACUUCAUGGUGCACUGUUGGAGGAUGCCCAGACUGUCGCUGAAAUCCAUGUCAACAGCAUGGUGGUGUCAGUCGACUUUCAGAAGCCUUCAAUAACGCUGCACGAUGGCAGGGUGCUUGAAGCAGACUUGAUAAUAGGGGCAGAUGGGAUGAAGUCUACCUGCCGAAGGCUCAUGUACGAGAAACUUGGGCUCGUGGAUAAAGCCACGCCGACGGGAGAUGCUGCCUUUAGAGCUUGUCUACCGGUGGAGAAAGUGACAGAUCCUGAAUUGCGUGCCUUCGUGACGCAGCUUGUUGCGACGAGGUGGUUGGGCGAUGGCAGACAUGUGCAGGGCUAUCCCAUUCGACAUGCAAAUCUCUACAAUCUGGUGAUGUGUCACCCCGACCCGGGCUUCACCGAGGAAUCAUGGACGACAAAAGCAUCCAAGCAGGACCUACUGGACCAAUUUGGUUCUUGGGACCCUCACCGACUUAGGAAGCUCGUGGAUCUCAUACCGGAAGAAAACGUCUUGAUUUGGCAUCUAUGCGUACACGACCCUCUGCCUACGUGGGUGAUGGGUAAAGUGGUCUUGCUCGGCGAUGCGUGUCACCCAAUGUUACCAUACGUCGGGCAAGGAGGGGCGCAAGCCAUUGAGGACGUCGCAGUGCUCCAUCUUGCAAUAAACAGAAUCACCGCAACAGAUGGCUUAUCAGUGGCCUUGAAAGCCUACGAGCUCGCGCGUAAACCGAGGGCGGAGCACAUCAUGAGUAUCGCUGACGUCAACCGAGGUGUCUUACAUCUUCCUGACGGACCCGAACAACAAGAGAGAGACAGGAAAUUUGGAUUAGUGGCGGAAGGAGGCGAGAAUCCAGACCUCUUGGGCCAUGCAGAAAUGCAGAGGUACUUAUGGGACCAUGAUCCUGAGAAGGAGUUCCUAGACAAUGCUGAAGGCACGCCAGCACCUUUCUGA